ACAACUCUGUAAACUUUCAAAGGAUACAGAAUACUGUGGUAUCGAAUCAUCUCACUGUUACGAGAUCAUCAAAAACCUGAUAGAGAAAUGAAUUAAAUUUUCUACAAUGCAAGAGAUCAUUUAUCUUCUAAUUGCAUUUCUAGCUUUAUCUCACGGUCAAUAUGACUUGGAGGAUUACUUGAGUUAUCGACAGAAACUUUAUAACGUUAAGAAUGAAACGAAUAGUCAGCACAAUGAUUUAUUACUACGAAGUACAGUUUCUCAACAAUUGCAAUACUCUCAUAAUCAUCAAUCUCGUGAUGAAUUCAAAUGUAUCCAUUCAGGCCUCUACGCCGAUAUAAACGAUUGCAAAAUUUAUUAUGAAUGCAUAAAAGAUCGAAGCAAUCAUCGAUUUAUAUUUCGUCAGUUAAUUCACAAAUGCGGCUCUGGCAAAGUUUUUUCAUAUAUAAGCGAAAAAUGCACGCAGCCUAAGAAAAGUGAAAGACCGGAGUGCGCUAAAUAUGGGUUAGAAAAUAAUGAUGGAUCAGCAAAACCAGAAAAGAUAUGUAAACGGGAAGGAUUUAUGCCUCAUCCUACGGAUAAAGAGAAGUAUUACAGGUGCCUUCGUAACCAGAAAGGAGGUUUUAUAUUAUACGAAUUUACAUGCAGCAAUGAAACUAUAUGGGAUCAAAGAAAACAGAUGUGCUCGUAUCCUCGGAAUGUAACCGAACCUAGUGAUUCUAAAAGUGAAGAAGAAAGUACAACAAUUUCAUCAAUUGGAACAACAAAAAAAGGUAAAAAUAAAGGCGACUCACAUGAAAAAAAGGAAAAAAAGGAAAAAAAAGAUAGUAAGAAAGCACACAAAAAACCCCCCAAAAAUAACUCAAAAGAAAUAGAAACCACAACAAAAAAAAACAAACAAGAAAGUAAAGAAGACAAAAGUAACGCAAGUAGAGAAUCUGGGAGCAAAGAGGAUAGCAAAAGUAAAGAAAGCAGUGAGGAGAACGUGACAACUCCAUUAAUUCCAACAGAAGGUCAAUCCGGAAGCAAGGAAGACAGCAAGAGUAAAGAAAGUAGCGAAUCCAGAAGUAAAGAAAACAGCAAGAGCAAGGAAAGCAGCGAGAAGAAUGUGACGACCCCCAUAACUCCAACCGAAAGUCAAUCUGGAAGCAAAGAAGAUAGCAAGAGUAAAGAAAGUAGCGAAUCCGGAAGUAAAGAAGACAAUAAGAGUAAAGACAGCAACAAAUCUGAAAGUAAGGGAGAUAGCAAGAGUAAAGAAAGCCACGAAUCUGAAAGCAAAAAAGACAGCAGGAGUAAAGAAAGCAGCGAGGAGAACGUAACUACUCCGCUAGUUCCAACUGAAGGUCAAUCUGAAAGCAAGGAAGAUAGCAAAAGUAACGAAAGUAGUGAAUUCGAAAGCAAAGAAGAUAGCAGGAGCAAAGAAAGCAGCGCGGAGAACAUAACUACUCCGUUAGUUCCAACCGAAAGUCAAUCUGGAAGCAAGGAAGAUAGCAAGAGUAAAGAAAGUAGCGAAUCCGAAAGUAAAGAAGGCAGUAAAAGUAAUGGCAGCAGAGAAUCAGAAAAUAAGGGAGACAGAAGUAAAGAAAGUAGCGAGGAAAAUAUGACAACUCCGCAAAUUCCAACAGAAGGUCAAUCCGGUAGUAAGGAAGAUAGUAAAGGCAGCAACGAAUCCGAAAAUAAAGAAGGCAGUAAGAGUAAAGAAAGCAGCGAAUCCGAAAGCAAAGAAGAUAGCAAUAGUGACGAAAGUAGCGAAGAGAACGUGACGACUCCGCUUGUUCCAACUGAAGGUCAAUCUGGAAGUAGAGAAGAUAGUAAGAGUGAAGGUAGUAGCGGAUCCGAAAGCAAAGAGGACAGCAAAAAUAAAGGAAGCAGCGAAUCCGAAAAUAAAGGAGAUAGCAGGAGUAAAGAAAGUAGCGAGAAAAAUAUGACAACGCAAAUGCCAACAGAAGGUCAAUCUGGAAGUAAGGAAGAUAACAAAAGUGAAGAAAGCGAAUCCGAGAGUAAAGAAGAUAGCAAGAGUAAAGAAAGUUACGAGAAUGUGACAACUCCAUUGGUUCCAACCGAAAGUGAAUCCGGAAGUAAGGAAAACAGCCAAAGCGAAAAUGAGGGAGGUGGUUCCACUUCAGAAUGUACUUCUCCUGGUUUCUUCCCAGAUCUCAAUGAUUGUAAAAAGUUUUAUAGAUGCGUUAAAAUUGAACUCAAUAUGUUCGAUAAAAUUGAGUUUGAAUGUCCUCGAGGAACAGUGUGGGAUCAAGAUAAAACAAUUUGUAAUUUUGAAUCGGAAGUCGAGCGAUUGUCAUGUAAAAAGAAGAGAGAAAAGAAAGAUGGUAAAACCGAUAAUAAUAAAAAACAGACUACUACUGAUUUCCCAACUUCUACAGAGCUGCCGACAGUAUCUACUACUCCUAUCGAGCUUAAUUGUCCUAUUGGAAAUUUGACUGACGAUCAAAUAAUUUUAGUUUGUCCUACUGGUUUCCGUCGUCAUCCUAAAUAUUGCAAUCUUUUCUAUCAAUGUACAACAGUGGAUAACGUGGGCGCCAAAAUUAUUGUAUUUACCUGUCCAGAAGGCAGAAUUUUUAAUGAUAUAAAACUACAAUGUGUGAAUAAAAAUAGCAUUCACAAAAAUCUUCCUGGAUAUACCGAUUGUAAGAAUUUUAAUUCUUCUACUGACAAUACAUCGAAAUCACUCUUAAAAGCCCCCACGAGAAAGUUGUGCCCAGGAGAAGGUCAUUUUCCUUAUGAUAAGGAUUGUUCGAAUGCGUACUAUAAAUGCAACCGUAAUGUUCAUGGUGUACUUGAAGGAUAUCUCUUUAAAUGUCCAAAUGGGCGGACAUUUUCAAACGUUUCAAGACGUUGCGAACAUACUGGGAAAAAUCUUGCAAACGGAAAAACAAUAACAGAAUAGAUAUUCAUAUACAUCACGCGCCAUCUAAAGGGGUGUAUGUCACUUAUCAAGAAAUGUAUUAUGUUGGUCUUACACCACACCCAUCAUAUUUCAAAAGACAUGAAAAUCACAAAAAAUGAUUUGAAAUUUCUUUAUGUACAUUCAUAAAUACGUUA